AUGGUCCGCAUCGGCGCUCUCACCCUCCUCAUGGCCGUCGUAGCCAUCACCGGCUUCACCUCGGUUGCCAAAGCCGAAGACCGGGGCUAUGGUGGUCUCUGGAACUGCAACAACUGCCAGGUCUUUGCUCGUUCCGAUGAGCAGGUGACCAGGAAGAAGGCCAUGCAGUGCGUUCGCCAGUCGGCCGAGGAGAUGCUCUCCUUCACCUACCAUAGCAAGAAGGGCAGCUACGAGCUCAGCAAGGAGAAGUCCACCAGGGCCCACGUCGGAGACAAGUUCGACGUCGUCAAGAAGGUAAACUUCAGCAAGCUUUCCUUCUUCCCAGAUCGCCACAACGGCAUUGAGGUGGACAGCAUCAACUGCCACAACGGUAUGAUCGGUUUCGUGUCCUGCAAGGGCUGCACCGCGGCAGACAACUAG